UUUAUUCAUUUAUAUCACGGAACAGAAGAAUUACUAAAUCUUUAUUGUGCCUUUACUUUAAUUGCUGUUGUUUUAAUUAUGAGUUUUCUGAGUUUUUGGCAAGAAAAGAAAGCAAUGAAGGUUGUUUAUGAUUUUGCCCAACAUAUGCCUCAUAAUUGUUCUAUUAUUCGGGAUUGUGAAGAAAAACAAAUUCCUUCAGAUGAAUUGGUUGUUGGGGAUAUUGUUAUAAUUAGAUCUGGCCAACAAGUUCCUGCAGAUAUUCGAAUUUUACAAUCAAACGGAGUCAAAAUAGAAUCAUCAGCAAUUAAUGGAGAGCCCCAAGCCGUUGACUACACAAAUGAACCGGCGGCUAAACACGUUGCGCUUUUUGAUGCAAGGAAUGUAAUUCUUAGAGGUUGUUAUUGUACGGAGGGGGAGGCUAUUGGAUUGGUGAUUAGAACUGGGAAAUAUACGAUGUUGGGUAAUUUUACACAUUUACAAUCGACUGUUAAAUUAACAGAAACUUUAUUACAAAAAGAAAUUGCAAAAUUUGUUCAGUUUAUUUCAAUUAUUGCUCUUUCAAUGGGAGUUAUUUUCUUUUUAAUUGGUUGCGUUGUUACAAGAUUUGAUAAUGUUCUUUACCAUUUUGUUACCGGAUUUCUUAUUAUAAUGUUUAUUAAAAAAUUGGAUAUAAUUGAUGAAUUGGGGGCAGCAACGGUUAUUGCUACAGACAAGACUGGCACAUUAACACAAAAUUUGAUGAUACUUACAGAUAUGUGGUUAGUGGAUUUUUUAUUUAUUUUAGGGUAGCUCCCCGAGCCUUCGGUGUCAGACGUACCGGGGAUCGGGUUUGCCGGGGAAGGCAAAAAGUUACGGGGGACGCGGAGCUACGCUAAUUUAUUUAGUUCCUUUUAAUUUUUCAAACAAUUUAAAGGUACAAUCGAAGGUAUUU